AUGAGGCCGUAUCCGCGAAAGAAUCUUGAUAUGAGAAAAAAAGUAUUCAAUUAUAGAUUGAGUUAUGCUAGACGAUCAAUAGAAUGCGCAUUUGGAAUACUUGCUGCUAGAUGGAGAAUAUACGGUAAACCUAUAAUUGCAUCUUUGCCCACAGUUCGAAAAAUUAUUCAGGCAACAGUUGUUUUGCACAAUUUUGUAAUGUCUACCGAAAGAAAUUUGCAUGUAACACAGAAACAAUAUUCAAAUUUUAGUACACAAGAUCGUGCAGUAAUUUCUAACGGCAUGAGAAAUAUAUCGAUAAAUCGCUCUUCAAAUCCUGUUGAAGCUAAAAAAAUUAGAGAAGACUUUGCAGACUUUUUCAAUGAAAUUGGCGCGUUACCGUGGCAAUGGGAUAAG